UCUUCGCUGGGGGAAGGAAAACUUCCUUGUUGUUGUGACGCUGCGCCAGCAUCUGGAAGUCCCCGGGUGCAGCAGCCGGAGCCACAGCUGGAGCCGGAAAAAAAAUCAAGCUACAUGCCUUGCUAAAACAAGAGAAGAUGUUAUGUUGGGGAUAUUGGUCUUUUGGAUAUCCCGGGGCAAGUAGUGCUUUCCAGACUAUUAUCCCUGAACCAAGGACUAGUGGCUUCAUUCAUGAAAAGAGUGUCAAAGAAGUGGCCUUUGGUGGAAAUCAUUCUGUUUUCUUGCUGGAGGAUGGGGGAGUCUAUACAUGUGGCUUGAUCACCAAGGGACAACUAGGCCAUGAGAGGGAAGGAAACAAACCAGAACAAAUUGACGCUCUGGCAGAUCAGCACAUCGUCCAUGUCGCCUGUGGAGACUCCCACAGCCUCGCCCUCAGUGACCAAGGGCAACUUUAUUCCUGGGGUGCGGGCAGUGAUGGGCAGCUAGGCCUCACCACAGUAGAAGACUCCGUGGCUGUGCCGAGGUUAAUAAAAAAGCUGAACCAGGAGACAAUACUUCAAGUCACGUGUGGCAAUUCCCAUUGUCUAGCUCUUGCAGCCGAUGGGCAGUUCUUUGCUUGGGGACAGAACAACCAUGGGCAGCUCGGACUCGGGAAAGAAUUUCCUUCUCAGUCCAGUCCUCAGCGUGUCAAAUCACUUGAUGGGAUCCCUUUGGCUCAGGUUGCUGCAGGAGGAGCACAUAGCUUCGCCUUGUCUCUCUCAGGAGCAGUAUUUGGUUGGGGGAAAAACACCUCGGGACAGCUGGGACUGAGUGAUGAACGAGACCGGGAGUCUCCAUGCCAUGUGAAGCUCUUAAGGUCACAACAGGUUGUUUAUAUCAGCUGUGGAAAUGAACACACCGCUGUCCUGACAAAGAGUGGAGGGGUGUUCACCUUUGGUGCAGGUUCCUGUGGCCAGCUUGGCCAUGAUUCCUGGAAUAAUGAAGUCAACCCCAGAAGGGUUCUGGAAUUGAUGGGCAGUGAAGUGUCCCAGAUUGCUUGUGGCAGGCAGCACACUCUUGCCUUUGUGCCUUCUUCUGGAAUUAUCUAUGCAUUUGGCUGUGGAACCAAAGGCCAGCUGGGAACUGGGCAAACCUUCAAUCUUAAAUGUCCUUCCCCAGUCAAAGGCCAUUGGGCAGCUCAUAAUGAGCGAUUAUCUAGUAAAGCAGAUGCCUGUACAUAUUAUGUUGUUAAACGUAUCUUCACUGGAGGAGACCAAACUUUUGUGCUUUUCUCUGAAACAGAGAAAUCUCUGCCAGCUGAUGAUUUCCGGACCAUAAAUCAAAGUGACUACACCUAUUCAGUUAAUGAUGAUACAAUAGACAUUUGGAGAGAAAAGCUUUCAGAAAGAAACAGUCCUAAUUCAGUGAAUGAAGUUGUGCAGAUGCUGUCUUCCGCUGCCUGCUGGAAUGGGAGUUUCUUAGAAAAGAAAGUAGAUGAACAUUUUAAGACUAGUCCCAAAAUUCCUGGGAUCGACUUGAAUGCCACCAGGAUGAUGUUUGAUAAGCUAAUGACAUCUCAGCAUUCUACCUUGCUUGACCAGAUCUUGAAGAGCUUUGAAAGCUUUUUGAUCCCUCAGUUGCCCAGCUCCCCACCAGAUGUCGAAGCCAUGAGAAUCUAUCUGAUCCUCCCCGAAUUCCCUCCGUUACAAGACUCAAAGUACUAUGUGACCUUAACACUUCCACUGGCGAUGGCCAUACUGCGCCUGGACAGAAACCCCAGUAAAGUCUUAGAUAACUGGUGGUCUCAAGUAUGCCCAGGACACUUCUUGAAACUUGUAGAUCUUUAUAAAGGCACAGUGGUUUACCUCUUGAAUGGAAGAAAAACAUUACUGAUCCCUGUCUUAUACAGUAGCUACAUCACAGCUGCCCUGAAACUUCUGGAGAAACUUCACAAGGUAAAUCAGAAAGCUAAACAUGUAGAGUAUGACAAAUUCUAUAUCCCAGAGAUUUCCAGUCUGGUGGAUAUUCAGGAAGACUACCUGAUGUGGUUCUUGCAUCAAGCUGGAAUGAAAGUAAGACCAUCCAUCAUACAGGACACUGUGACCCUGUGCUCCUACCCUUUCAUCUUUGAUGCACAAGCUAAGACCAAGAUGCUGCAGACGGAUGCUGAACUGCAGAUGCAGGUGGCCAUCAGCGGAGCCAAUUUACAGAAUGUUUUCAUGCUUCUCACUCUGGAGCCCCUUUUGGCUCGAAGCCCUUUCUUGGUCCUUCAUGUCCGGAGGAGCAACCUGGUUGGCGAUGCUUUGAGAGAACUAAGCAUCCACUCAGAUAUUGACCUGAAAAAGCCUCUGAAGGUGAUCUUUGAUGGCGAGGAGGCGGUUGAUGCCGGUGGAGUCACAAAGGAAUUCUUCCUCCUGCUGCUGAAAGAGCUCCUGAAUCCCAUCUAUGGAAUGUUCACCUGCUACUCGGAAUCGAACUUGCUGUGGUUUUCAGAUACUUGUUUCGUAGAGCACAAUUGGUUCCACCUGAUUGGCAUCAUUUGUGGAUUGGCUAUAUACAACUUUACUGUGGUGGAUCUUCACUUCCCAUUAGCUUUGUACAAGAAACUUCUGAAUGUGAAGCCCUGCUUGGAAGACUUGAAGGAACUUUCUCCCAUGGAAGGAAGGAGUCUUCAACAGCUUUUAGACUACCCUGGGGAAGAUGUUGAAGAAACAUUUUGCCUCUGUUUUACAAUAUGCAGAGAGAGCUACGGAGUGGCAGAGCAGAAGAACCUCAUUGCAGAUGGAGACAAAAUUGCGGUGCAGAAGGACAACAGGCAGGAGUUUGUCGACGCCUAUGUAAAUUACAUCUUCAACCUGUCAGUGCAUGAGUGGUACAUGGCUUUUGCAACUGGCUUCCUCAAGGUGUGUGGAGGGAAGGUUCUAGAACUCUUCCAGCCAACUGAGUUGAGGGCCAUGAUCGUCGGAAGCAGCAACUACAACUGGAAAGAAUUGGAGGAGAGUGCGAUUUACAAAGGAGAUUACUCUGCGACUCACCCAACAGUGCAAAUUUUCUGGGAGACCUUUCACGAGUUUCCUCUGGAAAAGAAGAAGAAGUUUCUUUUGUUUCUGACAGGCAGUGACCGCAUCCCCAUCUAUGGCAUGUCCAGUUUGCGCAUUGUCAUCCAGUCCACAUCCAGCGGGGACCAGUAUUUGCCCGUGGCUCACACCUGUUACAACCUUCUCGACCUGCCCAAGUACAGCAGCAAAGAGAUCCUGAGCACGCGACUGACGCAAGCCAUCGACCACUACGAGGGCUUCAGCUUGGCUUAAGGGAGAGUGUCUAUACAGGCACUUCGGUAUAGAAAGAAAAUAUUGUCUUGUUUUUAUUUUUGUAAGGAAAUGAGACAAAAAUACUCAGUGGAAAAGAAUAUAGGAUAACCCACCCAGCAAAGUUCAGUCCACCUCCCUUGGGAUUUCAGCUUCAAAGUUUUCAACCUAUUGAGCAAAACCUGUUGGAACUUCUUUUACAUUUACCGGCUGAUUUUUUUUUUUUAAAGGCUUGUGUUUUCUCCCACCUCUUCAACUCAAGUUAAAAAACAUACUUUCAGUAUUUUGAGAUAUCUUUACCUUUUCCAAAGAUGGACUGGGAUAGCCCAGAUGAAAGCUUUUCACCCUCCUUCCAUCCUUCCUUCCUAGUAACUACAGUUGUGAAAUUUCUUUCCUUCCCUUAUAAUUGUGGGAUGACACACUCUCUCCCCAGGUACUUCAGUUCCUGUGUACACAGGUAAUUCAAGAAGUGCUUUCCUUGUUUCUUAAUGAUACCAGAUAACUGUGUACUUCAUAUAAUCUGAAGAUCAUUUCUCUCACACCAAGAUCAGCACUGGAAGGAGGAGGACAAAUGAAAAUUUUCUGUUACGCUCUUUUCUAUAUUUUUCCCCAUUGGUGCUUCCCGUGGAAAAAAAAAAAGAAGAAAUGGCAUAAAUUCUUUACCUUCUGUUUGGCCAAGUGAAUUUCAGCACUUUGCACAUAAGGAGAUAAAAGGAAACAAAGAUCCUGUGGACUUGGGUGACAAUCCCGAGGACCUUUAUGUUUUUGUAAGGGGAUAUAUGUGUGUUUGAAUGCAGUAUUAUUCCAUUUGCCAAAUUCUGACCAGUGAUGGGACACAUGCAGCAGGCCCACAGAUACAGUCUGUAUCUUCCUUCUGACCCUGAUGUGCAUGCAGUUGGAAUUCUUUGCAGAACACUACUGAAUUCUUGUACCUUCCCCCCACACACCAGCCUGCCCAUCCCUAGCCAGGUAGGCAUCGCGUCCAGCAUCCUGUUGCACACCUUGGUGUCAGCCUUGAGAAGAGGCCCAUCUCUGCUUCCCAAAGGGAGAGGCAGGACCCAGGCAGCCUUCGUUCUGCUGGAGGUCAGGGAAGCUACCGCUUCUGAUAUCUCUUCCUUUCAACCUGUCUUCCCAAAGAGCCUGUUUCCCACAGGUGCCCAUGAUGUCUCUUAAAUUUAAGUCUCACUAUGGACAAAUGGAUUUAUUUAUAAAACGGGGUUGUAGUCAGUGAUAGGCUUCAGUGCAAGAAACCCCUUGAGUCAGUCAUAACUCACUAAUUUUGGUGGGUCUAAGGAGGACUAACAUGGGCUGCAGCCACUGGACUGUGCCCAGCAAAAGCUGGUCCUAAGUCUCGAGAAAAACAAUGGAAUGAGCCAGCCAGAUCAGGAUUAUGGUGGAAGCAAAGGAUUAAAUUCCCACCUACUCUGGUCCCCAUUCAACUCAGCCCUUUCCCUCAAUCCCUGCUAAUAAUUAGUUUCUGUUUAAAAAGAUCAGCUCUGCAAGGUGGCUUUUACUCACAGUUCAUCUCUGGUGGAAUUGGAACUUCAGUAUUGAUAUUCCUUUUAACCAUAACAUUGAACUGAAUUAUGCACCUCCCUGAUGAAAAAGCUAGGAAGACAUCAGGGGCUUUAAAAAAAUGAACACCUUGAUUUGCUACUUGGGUAGCUGCUCAGGCUCUUUCUACUAUGGCAUUCAAUACAGCUCUAUCAAAUGUUUAUUUUCUAUGUGUUUGUACAUAGCCCAAUAUUAUGCAAUAAAUGUAAUGUUUCUGUCA